UAAGUAUUUCAUAAAAGUCAAAAUUUCUAGGCAGCAGCAGCACCGGCAAUGACUCCAGCCACAGCGCUACCAGCAGCAAUCACAGCAUAUAGUUCGAAAGAAACGUCUAAACAAAAAACUUUAAAAUGUUCAGUGCUAAAUACUUGAUCGUUGUAGCCUUGCUGGUGUUCUGUCUCUUCUGCCAAGAGGUUGUGGAGGCACACUUCCGACACGAAUUGCACAAGGCCGCGCACAAAGUCGAUAAAGUGGCUCACGCUGUUCAUAAGGCCCAGAAAGUGAUUGCUGCUGGUAGCGUUGUGGCUGGAGCUAUUGCUGAUGCCGCUGCUGCCUAAACAUAAUUUAUUACGACUUAUAUGAAAAAUUUAAAAGACAUGUGCUUACUUAAUAUUUAGAUAGAAUAAAAAAAUAUUUAACACGC